CAAACCAAAAAAAUAAAAAAAAAACAAACCGGAAUAAUUCUCAUUUUAAACAAAAAAUAAACAAACACAAUUGGCAGCAUCCACAGAAAUCUUCAACACAUCCACCAUGGAAGAACCACAAAUCGUCUACAUCGAAGAACAAAUAAUCGAAAAUGAGAAUUUAUGUCGUGCAAGUCCCCUGAAAGACCGAAAAAACUCUCUGGAAAUAAUUUUAAAGCGACUUUUUGAGAUGGAGAUGAAAAUAAUGGACAGAAUGGAUGCACUAGAAUCUUGUUUCGUGAAGCAAAAUCAACGCAUUGACGAUAUUUUAGUCGGAAUUUUCAAUUCGGAGCAAAAAGUUGUCGAGGAAGAUGUUGUUGAAGAUGUCAUUUCCGACGAAUUGCCACUCGUUGAAGAGAUUUCCAUGAAGCGACAGUCUGAAAACGAAUCUCCUGAUGCCGAAAUUUUGUGUAAACGACAAAAACCUGAAUCACCGCUGGUUGUCGAGUCGUAUUACGAAGAAGAAGCUCUUCCAGUUGCGUGUCACGUCGUUUCCGAAGAUUGUUUUGCUGCCUUGCCUUUCACCAAUUUCGAUGACGUGCGAAAUUUCAACAAAUCUCUCGUCCAUCAGGAAGCUUCGAACAACUUUGUCAAGUACCUGCAGCGUCAUGUGCGUCUCGAUGAUCCUCUCAUGAGCGUUUCCGAGCAAAUUAUUCGUCUCGUGUUGUCCGAACAAAUUUUAAUUGAAUCGACUUGGGCGAGUAAAGCCACCGGAAAACUUCGAAUUUCGUCUCUCGAAAAUUUCCUGAAAUGCUGUUUGCGCUUCGGAAACUUGUAUUUCGAUAAUUUUACGUUGAAUUUGGUGCGGGAACAAACAAUGGCGAUGCUUCAUGAGCUCCGUGUCGAAAAUGGUCUCGCAUCUGGGGCCGUAAAAAUCGCUCAGCGAUCACGUCGCAAAUCGUUUGGCACGUCAAUCACGAGAAAUGACGUCGAUUGACGAGUUGGCGCCUGACGAAUAGACACAAAGGCAAAUAUUUUGUCACAAUAAAUGAGCGAUUCGGAAAUGUUUACUCGACAAAUAUUGAAGUAAUUGUUCAUUUUUGAAUUUUAAUCAGUGACUAUUAUUAGUCAUGCACAAGAGCAGAGGCAAUGCGCAUCGAUAGCAACGCGCUAAUUGGACCGACGUGCCGCAAGCCAAGUAUAAAUAAAUAUUUUGGUCGAUGCGAGAAAUUAAUUCAGUUCAAUCCAAUCAGUUAUAACAAAGAGUUCGCACACCAAAACCACAAAAAAUGACAAAAAUCACUCAAAACUGCUUCCUGAUCACGAUUUUGAUCGUCAUCAUCUUGACCGUGAUAACAAAAAUUGUCGCAGCUCGCCAUCUCGAACCCUUAGAGAGACAAAAACGAGACAGCAGCAUCUUCCCAGCGUUCUAUUGGCGCGAAAAAGAGUCCCAAAGACGUCGAGAAUUGGCGAAAAAAUCAAAAUUAACUGAACAAGAUAUCGAAAAAGUCUACGAAGAUGCUCUGGAAAAGGCUUACAAGACAUAUCUCGCAAGCAGGAAGCAACAAGAAGGACUAAACUCGUAGAAAAAAGACAAAAUUUUAUGUUUUUCUAAAGCAAGUUUGUAACUAGGUCAAAGCCGUAUUUAUUUAAAUAGUUAAUAAUUUUAAUUGUAAUGUAAUUUAUUUUGAUAAUAUUUAAUAAUAAUAUAUUUUAGAGUAAUGAUUAUUAUAAUCAUCACUUGUUUAGAA